AUGUCUACGUUCAAUGGCACCUACUACCAGCCACCUCUUCCUUCUUUCAGGAAUCCCGGGGCUAGAGGAGUCUUGCAUCUGGAUCUCCAUCCCACUGGGCAUCAUAAGGAUUGAGUUCCACGGUUGCCUGGCUCAGAUGUUCUUCUUCCACACCUUCUCUUCCACGGAGUCAGCCAUCCUGCUGGCCAUGGCUUUUGACAGCUUUGUUGCCAUAUGCAACCCACUGAGCUACACUGUUGUCCUGAUGCAUUCCUGCAUUAUUCAGAUGGGAUUGGCUGCUGUGGCUCGAGGAGUGGCACUGGUGGCCCCCUUGCCCAUCCUGCUCAAACGGCUUCCCUUCUGUAAGAACAUCAUCCUAACCCACUCGUUCUGCUUCCACCCUGACGUGUUGAAGCUAGCUUGUGCGUCCAUUCGUGUGACUAUCAUUUAUGGGCGGGCAUUGAUUCUCUGCUCCUUUGGUGUUGACUCUGUCUUUAUUGUUCUGUCUUAUACUUUGAUCUUGAAGAAAUUCUGGGCGUUGCUUCCAGGGAAGGAUGGCUUAAGGCACUCAACACAUGCAUCUCCCAUAUUGUCACUGUCCUCAUUUUCUAUGUCCCACUUAUUGUCUUACCCCUGAUGCACAGGAUAGGCAAAUGCCACUCCCCUCUCCCCCAUGUCACUAUGUCCAACAUUUUCCUUUUCCUCACACCUGUCCUCAACCCUCUGGUUUAUAGUGUGAAAACAAAACAUUAGAAGGGCACUACGUAGACUGUUUGUACUUAAGGUAGGAUGACGGAACAGAGUGGGAUCCUUUGAGGGAUUGAUUGAAAGUUACCAGGGAUAUUGAAAAAAAAAAAGGACCACAGACAUUAUUUUCAUGUGUGCUGAGGCACUUUCUUAGGUACAUCUCUAUAUGGUUUUAUCAUAAUAUUUCUAGAAAUACAAUAUUCCCCUCUAGUUUGAAAUACUAGAUCAAGAAAGAUUCCUAUAGCCCCUUUCACCUUCACUUACAUUUCUCAUUCCUGGUGUUUACAUCACUUACCUAUGAGCCCAUUUCAGUCUAAACAAUCCUACAGAUAUUUUUAUCUGAGACUCCCUCCUAUGUAGCUAUAUGGCUGAAAUCUGAUUUAGAAUAAAAUAUUUAUAUUGUUAUACAGACAUUUAUUAUCUUUGGGGAGUUUGAGAUAUUAUAGAGGGAAAUAUUCUGAAUCAGA